CCAAUACACCGCUUUACACUUGAAAAUGCUAGCGUAGCUGUCUUGACCUGCUUCUCCAGCGCGAACAAGUGCAAGCCUGUGCAAAUGGGGAAAGCAUUUGAGAGCGGGAUUGUCCCUUUUGACGAGUCUGGGCUUAUCGAGGAGCUGCUCUUGGCCCUGGUCGGCAUCCAUGGCGACCUCUUCGUGGACAGCAGCGAUAUCGACAGGGACGACGAGAAAGAGGAGGAGUCCUGGAACCUGCCGGGGCCCAGCCACUGCACUGUGACUAUCUCGCCCGAGCUGACUUGGAUCAGCGAGGCGGACAGGGCGGUGCUGGGCGACCUGCUGCGCCUGGGCUUCCACUUCAAGGCCGUGGCGGCGUUCGUGGAGCGCGAGCAGUCGCCUUGGGACCCGAGGCACGCCACACGCUCGCCGUCCGUGUACCGCCGCGCGCUGGCGUCGGGGCUCACGGAGAUGCUGGACGACUACCGCUGCACGGUGCUGACGCUGCAGCAGGAGCUGCGGCUGGAGGCGGCGCCGGUGCUGUCCACCAUCAAGCACCGGCUGUGGGAGUACAUGGACGUGCUGCCGGCGCUGCACGCGCUGGCGGCGGCUCAGGACGAGGUGUCGUUCAACCGCCUCUUCCCCGCCGCCGACCUCAUCAACCGCCUGGCGGCCGGCACGCGCAGCGGCCUGCCGGCUGUGCGUCAGGCGCUGGGGCGGCUGCUGUGGCACUGCAACCAGGUGCUUAUGCAGCAGCUGGCGGCAUGGAUGCUUCACGGCAUGCUGCAGGACCCCAACCAGGAGUUCUUCAUCCAGCCGCGGGCGCAGCCGCCGCCGCCAGCCGCUGCCGCCACCCAGCAGCCGCAGCCCCAGCCCCAGCCCCAGCAGCAAACGCAGGCGCAGGGCGGUCCGCAGCAGCAGGCAACGCGUGAGGAGGACAGUGCGGGCGCCAGCACCAGCGGCCGCGGCGCGGACGACGAAGCUGCGUACCGGGAGUGGCAUGCCGGCUUCCAGGUGAACCCGCGCUGCCUGCCUCUGUACGUGAGCGGUGACCUGGCCGACACCAUCUUGUUCGUGGGCCGGGCAGUGCGUGUGCUGCGGAGGCCCGGGCAGGGCGGCGGGGCCGGCGGUGGAGGAGGUGGCGGAGGAGCAGGCGCGGAGCUGCUGCCGCUGCAAGACAUGAUGAAGUUUGGGCAGGCUUUCACGGCGCUGCAGUCCGAGCCGGAGCUGUCCGCGCCGCGCCUUACCAUGUUGGUGGAGGGGCUGCGGUCGCACGUGGCGCGCCUGCUGUGGCGCCUGCUGGUGGGCCGCGCCGGCCUGCUGCCUGCCCUCGCGGCGCUCAAGGACUACUUCCUGCUGGGGCGGGGCGACUUCUGGCAGGCCUUCCUGGCGGAGGCGAGGCCGCUCAUGGCGGCGCCGCCCAGGCCCGGCUCCGUGGACGCUGACCUGGCUCUGCCCUUCACCCGCUCCGCCGCCAAGUCCAGUGCGGAGGGCGACCCCCUGUUGGCCGCCUUCCAGCUGAGAUACCUGGGCGGCAAGGCGGAGGCGGAGGCGGCGUUCACGGUGAAGCACUCCUCCGCGGCGCACAGCCAGGUGCCCGAGCUGGACCGCGCCUGGGACCCGCUGGUGCUGGAGGUGGGGCUGGAGUGGCCGCUGGGGCUGCUGCUGGGCCGCGAGCAGCUGCGGCGGUACAACCAGCUGUUCGCGCUGCUGCUGAGGCUGAGGCGCAUGCAGAACCAGCUGGACGAUGCAUGGAAGGACCUGCGCGUCAUGGACCGGGAGAUGCAGCGGGGCACGGCGCCGCCGGUGCCGCACAACCGCAUGCGCGACCUGCAGGACCUACGCAACCACAUGGCCUUUGUGGUGUCCAACCUCCAGAUCUACAUCCAGACGGACGUGAUUGAGGUGAACUUCAGCGCCCUGGAGAACAAGAUCGCAAACUGCCAGGACUUCUCGGAGCUGGAGCGCGCACACGCGCUGUUCCUGAACACGCUCAUGGUGCAGAGCUUCCUGACCGUGCGCACCAUGUGCAUCAACCUGACGGAGAUCUUCCAGGACGUGGCGAUGCUGACGCAGCUGGUGUCGCGCGCCUGCUGCGACCCCGCCCGGCUGGACUUCGCGGCGGUGUCGCGGCUGCGCUCCUCCUUCGAGCGCCACUUCCUCACACUGUUCGGCAGCAUCAGCAGCCAACGCAUGGUGGAGUCCUUCCGCGCGCCGCACCUGGCACAGCUGGUGCUGCGCCUCAACUACAACUCCUUCUACAGCGCCAAGGACAUGGACGCGGGCGGGGGCCGGGCGAGCGUGGGCGUGGGAACGGCGGGCGGGCGGCCGUAAGGGCGGGGUGGAGGGGAUGUUGGGUGGGAGGUAUGGAUGUGAUGGAGGCGGACGGCCUUGUUGACAUGAGAGGUGGUGGCGGUUGUGCAGGGACACGGGCGGGCUAUAGGGCUGUUUGGGUGGUGGGAGGAGUAGCGUGGCGCGUUCUGGUCGGCUGGCGGUUUGGUUGAUGGCGACAGUGUGGGCGGCGCCAGGUGAGGACAGCCCCACAACCCAAGGACGUCGAGGUGCAUACGUCAACUGACAACUCCAGAGCCUCACGACAGCUCACCCCGAGGAUGAUCAGGGGAAGGCGGCGCAUGCAGGACUGGUGCGUGCGUUGAACAAGUUUGUCGGCGAGACACGACACCGGAAGUCAUGAGCUAAUGCAUCUGUUAACUCAGAUAUAUAC